AUGGGAGAUAAAAUAGUCGAUGAGUAUGCGGUGGCCAUUGAUCCCGAGAUCUACGCCAACAAUCCCGCAUAUUCCUCUCUCUUUAACCCAUAUAUUCACAAGCAAACAAUAGUCGCCGAUCAUGUCUCGGUCCAAUGCCACAUCGACCUCAAUGGAAUUGAUGCUGUUGGGUCGAAGUUCGGCAAUCUGAAUGCACACGCUGGCAACUUUACUUCCCUAUGUGCGCCAAAUUGUCUACCCGAAAGAUUCGCCCUUGUCGCAUACACUGUGGAAUACGCCUUCCUUCAUGAUGAUGAAACCGAUAAUGCUGCUAACCAAGAAGCUAUGUCGCUUGAAAAUGAGAUGCUUCAUCAAGCUAUUAAUCAGAGCGGUAUGACUUCUGUAUCGACCAGAGUUUCACCCAAAGCACAGCGCAAAGCAGAGGUGCAGGCCAAGAUCGCGGCCGAGUACCUGCGUUUGGAUCCCGUGUUCGCCGAAUUUUUCCUUAAUGCCUGGCAAACAUUCACUACGUCGGUACAGGACGUGAGAAGUCUUAAAUUUCCUAGUCUGGAUGACUACCUGGAGUUCAGAAUUGUCGAUGCAGCAGCAGAUUGGACACUGUAUAAUUUCCGAUGGGGAUCAGACAUCACCCUCACUCCGGAGGAAGAAAAGAUCGCUGAUCCUAUGAGUUACGUCGCAUAUGCGGAAUUAUGCUUGGUGAAUGACUUGUUCUCUUGGGAGAAGGAAUACGCGUCCCAUAUCAAAACAAAUGGGGUAGUGCCAUUGGUCAAUGCAGUACAUAUUGUCGCGGUUACACAGGGUCUGACGCACUGCGCGGCAAAGGUGGUUGUCCAGGCCGAGAUCCGAGCACACGAAGAGCGAUUUUGUUUGUUGAAAGAACAGUACGAGGCAACGUCUAACCCGUCCGAUUCAGUUCUGAGGUGGCUGAAGCUGCUCGAGCACUCAAUGGCUGGAAACUGGGUUUGGAGUCUUUGUACUGCUCGUUACUUCAAGGCCGACCGGAAUCCUUAUAAAGACCACCUUGAAAAGUAUGGCAGCGACGCUGUGCGAGUUUUCACGAUACCAGAGCAGCUUCGUGACUCUAAACAAGAGGCCAAGGACACUCCGCCGAGUGCGCUCAAAGAUACAACUUCAACCACAGAGAAUGACGUGCUAGCUACGUACUCAGCUGGGUAUCCCACAGUUGACGAACCCGUGUUGAAUCCCUACGCUUAUAUUAACUCCCUACCUUCUAAGAACGUAAGACAGACAUUGAUAGCAGCUCUGAACUCAUGGUACAAGGUGCCAGUGAAGUCUCUCUUGAUAAUAGAGGGUGCAGUGAACUUCCUGCACAACUCAUCAUUACUACUCGAUGACAUCCAGGAUGGAAGUGUCCUCAGACGCGGAAAGCCAGUGGCACAUCAGAUAUUUGGUGUUGGCCAAACUAUUAAUACUGCGACAUAUCUGAUGAAUGAAGCGUUGUGUCUUGUUCAGAUGCUUUCGCCGUCUGCGGUCUCAGUUUACACGGAUGAAAUGCGUAACCUCCAGCUCGGGCAGGGACGCGAUCUCCACUGGAGCUACCAUACACAUGUACCAACCCCUACGCAAUAUAUCAGCAUGGUUGACGGCAAGACUGGAGGCCUAUUCCGUCUCAUCAGCCGUCUCAUGAAAUCUGAGGCCACGAUGAAUAGCGACCUUGAUAUAAGUCAGUUUGCGACCUUGCUUGGAAGACAUUUCCAGAUCCGAGAUGACUAUCAGAACCUUCAAAGCGAAGAUUACACAAAGAACAAGGGCUUUUGUGACGACCUCGACGAAGGAAAGCUAUCUUUCCCGAUCAUCCUAUCAAUGCAAUCACCCGGCUUCUCCAACACAGCCCUGUCAAGCGUGUUUAAGGGUUCCCAAAAAGGCGAAACCAUGACACUUGAGAUGAAACAGUACCUCCUGGAGGAGAUCACCGCUCGGGGAGCUUUCACCGAAACUAAAGCCAUUUUGAGGAAAUUGCACACCGAACUCCUACGCCUCCUUAUAGAGACCGAAAAGCAAGCCGGCGGUAUAGAGAACUGGGCGCUGCGAUUGCUGAUUAUGAAGCUGGAUAUCGGCGAUGAAAAGAAAAAGGUGACACACAAGAGUGAUUCUCACUGGAAGGUCAAUCAGCGACGUGCGUGGAAAGGAAGUCAGAAGAAUGGGCGGCCUAUUGAUAAGGCUUGCUUCUUGAAGGCCAUGGAAGAGGCGAUUCAGAAAUGA